AUGGAUAACCAAAAGGUAAAAGAAUGUGCACGUUCUCCCAAGGAAAAAAGACGAGAGCGCUGUAUGGAUUUGGAACACAGGACUAACCAUGAUCGAGGGGAUUGUAUGAGCUCAGUAGACAAAAUAUCUAAAUGUUCCGGCCGCAAUUCUGGUAAAGGUUCCAGUAAUGCAGGUUGUUUAGGAGAUAAGGGUAUGCAGCGCAAUAGCAGCGGGAAUUCGAGCGGAACACAAAAUAAUCAGCCUCCUCUGGAUGACCGAGAGAGAGUUAUUAGGGUUGGCGACUGGUCUGAGCACCUCAGUUCAUCUGGUAAAAAGUAUUACUAUAAUUGUAAAACAGAAGUAUCCCAAUGGGAGAAGCCGCGCGAAUGGAUAGAGCGCCCUUGUGAGCGAGAUCGCGAUAGAGAGCGAGAGCGGGAAAGAGAACGGGAUCGCGAUAGAGAAAGAGAACGCGAAAGGGAAAGAGAGCGGGAGCGAGAAAGAGAAAGGGACCGAGAGCGGGAGCGAGAGAGGGAAAGGGAUAGAGAUAGAGACAGAGAUAGGUCAGAAAGGAAUGAGCGCGAUAGGGAAAGGGACAGAGAAAGGGAUAGGGAAAGGGAGAGAGAUAGAGAUAGAGGUCCAAGCUUAGGAGGAGGUGUACCAGGAGGUAGUCAAAGAACUAACAGCACCAGCAAGGACCAUCGAGAUGAUCGUGAGGCAAGGUACAGCAAUGCAGGCAGUAUCCGGAACGCUCAUGACAAACAUUCCAGCGCGCGUUUACGUGAAUGUAUUAGUCGCGGCGAAGCAGGCCUGGUUAGCAGGUCCCGAGGCAGUUGGUGCUCUACAGAUGUACCAGAUUCUCGAAGAAAAACUGAAGGCGAUAAUACACAAGAUAUGGACAUUUCACCAGGUGACAGCACGCCUACAUCUGAAGCUUCCUAUGGCCAUUUAGGGACUCCUUCAAACAGGCAUUGUGGAAAUCCAGCAAAUGAUGGAACAAGCCAGCCAGGUAAUAUGAUAACUACAGUACUACCGAGAUUAUCUUCACAUCCCGCGACGCCUUGUACAACGAGCACGGUGCAAAGAUCAUUUAGUAAAACCUCACAAUCACCAAUUCAAGCAGUAUGGGACCCACCAUCUUCUAGCAAGAGUACUGAUCAGCCCGAGAUGAACUCACAAAAAAUGCUGCAGGGCAUGCAGAAUAAUUUAUCGCAGUCUGCAUGUACAAGUUUGAAAAUUGACACAAAUGUUGGAGUGAUUGGAGAUGGUCCCCCUACGCCGACGCAUUCAGAAAAUCCAGAUGCAUUAGAUAGAAUAAAAACAGAAAUCCCCAGCGUAAAUAGCGUUCCCAAUUUAAGUUCUCUGCAGGGAUUAUCACAAAGUUCUGCGGUCGGAAUGGGUAGUGCAUUAGCUGCUCUACGACCUCAAGGACCAAAUCUGACUCCCGGUUUAGCCAAUCACUGUCGGCAAGAUUUAUUAGGGCAUGUUCAAGGCUGGCCUGCUGAUGUAUUAGAAAAACAGGCUAAUAAAUUUACAGAAGAGUCACUGACUAUGGGUAAUAUCCAAUGCACAAGGGUAUCUGCUGAUCUUAAAAUAGCUAGAAGUAUAGUUAGACUUACAGAAAUUCAAGCCACUUUACAAGAUCAAAGAUUGAUGUAUUUGAGGCAACAAAUUCAAAGACUCGAGGACCUAAAGUCGCAGAACUCUUUCUCCAAAAUGUCUGAAGACUUGUAGUGAUUGUGCACAGAUGUUUUAAUUUUUCUAUUAAGGUUAUAUAAAUAAAAGUAAAAAUAUUAGGAUAAAUAAAUGAAAAAAAAUAAAUAAAAUUGACAAAAAAAAUAUAUACAAAACAUAAAUAAUUUUAUUGUUC